ACAGUAAGUAGUGGUAUAUAAAGCAGAUUAUCAAUUAGCAGAUCCGCCAUUGAUAGGUACCUCAGCAAAACAGCAGCAACAACAAGAUUUUUGUUUUUCAAAUUCUAACCCUACACUUCUCCAUCAACCCAAGCCCUGAGAGGCUGAGACUCCAAUUCUUCAUUGAUGAAUACAAAGAAGGCUCUCGAAUACUGGGGUCCGCAUGCCUUGAGGAGCGAGAUGAUGAUAGGGGAGUUAACAGAGCCUGGUUGUUACUCAAAGCCCUUAGUGGCUGUCAAUCUUGCUCUUGCUUUUCUCGAUGUCGCUAUUGCCCUCCUUGCAUUUUACCAGUUGAUAAGAAUUCAUUCUAGGAAUCCACAAAGGGGUUGGACUCGACAGAAAGUUAUGGUGUUUAUUUAUUAUAUUAACUCUUGUUGCUGCUUCAUUGCCAAGAUUCUAUUUCUUGCAGCUUUUCUUCUUCUUCUAUCUUUCUGGUUGACCUUUUGUCAUCAAGCAAAUGAUGAAGAUGAAGAUGAAUCAGAAGGUGACUUUGUUGAUACUUGGGUAAUGCUGACAUCAGCUGUGCUUAUUGGAUUGGCCUUGGAAAGAAUCCUAUUGAUUCCUCAGUUGUGGCAAGGGAAUGUGCUGGUAUCAAAAAUGAGUAAAGUGAGAUCUGAGAGGGCUUCUUCCGAAAUAUGGAAGGUUGCUGGACUUGCGAUAGUUUCUGCUGUUUGUUUCACCUCAAGUUCAGUUGUUGCUAUAUUACAAAUAUACCCUGAGUAUUUUUCUGCUUAA